GGUUUAUGACUUUAAGAAAAGCAACACAAAGUUCAUAAUUCCUUUGUCUCCUAGUCUCCUCCCCCAGGACCCCAACCAUAUCCUAAAGUAUAACUUGAGGAAGGGGCAGCAGCAUCGACAUCAUACCCCCGCUUCUCUCUGAUCUCUUUCUCUUUCCGUUUCCCUGGAAAAGGAAUUGAAGCAAGAACAAUGAGGUCUAAACCUCAGUCUGCCUUGAACACCAAGCUCAUCCUGAUCUGUGCUUUCUUUCUUCUUUUCCUCCUCCUGGUGGUUAUCACAAGCUCUACAUUUUCCAAACAACAACCAUCAUCACCCAUUUCAGAAGAAACCCACAUAUCAAACUCAACUACAGAUCCCAUUGAGGAGCCAAAACCAAGUGAAUCAAAGCCAGAACCUUGCCCAUUCACACCCCUGACGCCAACAUGCACGAAAGCCCCACCGUCUCUAGCCAAUGCUCUCGUCCACUAUGCAACCACCAACAUCACCCCACAACAGACCUUCAAGGAAAUCUCAGUCUCAGCAAGGGUUUUAGAGAAGAAAUCACCCUGCAACUUCUUGGUCUUCGGCUUAGGCCAUGACAGCCUCAUGUGGACAGCUCUUAACUACGGUGGGCGUACAGUUUUCCUGGAAGAAGACAAGGCAUGGAUCGAGCAGAUCAAGCAAAAGCUUCCCACUUUGGAAUCGUACCAUGUUGAGUAUGAUACCAAAGUUCACCAGGCAGAUGAUCUGAUGGAGACAGGAAUGAAAGAGGAGUGCAAAGUUGUGAGUGACCCUAGAUUUUCCAAGUGUCAGCUCGCUCUCAAAGGGUUUCCAAGUGACAUUUAUGACAUAGAGUGGGAUCUGAUCAUGGUGGAUGCCCCCACUGGGUUCCAUGAUGAAGCCCCUGGGAGAAUGAAUGCUAUCUACACCGCCGGGCUGAUGGCUAGGAACAGAGAAGAAGGAGAGACAGAUGUUUUUGUGCAUGAUGUGGAUAGAGUUGUGGAAGAUAAGUUCUCGAAAGCUUUUCUUUGUGAAGGAUACCUGAGGGAACAACAGGGGAGGUUGAGGCAUUUCACCAUUCCUAGUCACAGAGUUCGCUCUGGUAGACCCUUCUGUCCCUAGUCUAAUUUUGGAGAGCCCCAAGGAAUUGGAAAGGAUGCUUUCAUUGUUAUUAUCAAUUUUUUUUCCCUUUUUUCAAUUAAUCAGAUUUAUUCGAGAAAUUUUCAUUUUUAAUGACUUUUCUUUUUUGGGAUCUAUGUUUAUAAAAUUAUAGUAAAUUUGGUUAA